AAGUUUUUUCAAAAAUAUGACCGAUACUGGAAUAACAUCAGUUCAAGUAGCAUUAAGGAUACGGCCACUGGUUGAAAGUGAAAUAAAUAAUGGACAAAAACGUAUUUUGGAAACGGUUGAAGGUGAACCACAAGUAUAUAUUAAAGAAUCCGAUAAAUCAUUCACCUUCAACUAUGUUUUUGAUGCAAAUAAAACACAAAGUGAAUUUUAUAAUAGUGCUGUUAAAAAUAUGGUUAGCUCAUUAUUUAAAGGAUAUAAUGUUACGAUCCUCGCUUAUGGCCAAACCGGAUCGGGGAAAACACACACAAUGGGUACCAGUUACACGGGAACCGACAUUGAACAAAUGGGUAUUAUACAACGGGCUGUGAAAGAUAUAUUCGAAGCAAUCGAUUUAGACGUUGAGAAUGAUUAUCAAAUUAGUGUCUCAUUUAUGGAACUUUACCAAGAAUUAUUGUACGAUUUAUUGGCUGAUAAAACUCGUGAACAAUGUGUUGUUGAUAUUCGUGAAGAUGUUAGAGGUGGUAUAAUUGUACCUGGUUUAACAGAAUGUUCUGUAAAGACUGCUACAGAAACGUAUGAGUGUUUGAACAAAGGUUCCUUAGGACGUGCAACAGGGGCAACAGCAAUGAAUGCUCAAUCAUCUAGGUCGCAUGCUAUAUUUACAAUAUGCAUAGAAAAACAAAGUAAAAAAGAUACGAACGUUGCAACUAGUUCGAAAUUUCAUUUAGUCGAUUUGGCUGGUUCAGAACGACCGAAGAAAACGAAAGCAACAGGAGAACGAUUUAAGGAAGGUAUUAAAAUUAAUCAAGGUCUUUUGGCACUUGGAAAUGUCAUAUCAGCACUAGGUGAAGGGAAUCAUUCAUAUGUCUCGUAUCGUGAUAGUAAAUUAACACGAUUGCUACAAGAUUCCCUAGGAGGCAAUUCAAUUACCCUAAUGAUCGCUUGCGUUAGCCCGGCUGCAUAUAAUUUAGAUGAAACACUAAGUACUUUACGAUACGCAGAUCGUGCGAGAAAAAUUAAAAAUAAACCAAUUAUUAAUCAAGAUCCACGCAUGGCCGAAAUUGCACGAUUACAUCAACAAUUAAGAGAAUUACAAUUGCUUACGCUAGAACAAGGUAACGUGGAAAUUAAUGAGGAAUUACAUCGUUUACGGCAGGAAAAUCAACAGUUAUUAGGGGCAAAUGAAAUGUUACGAAUUAAAAAUCGUAAACUGACCGAACAAUUACAUUCUGCGAUAUCGGAAAACGCUUGUAUGUUGGAACGAUCGUUAAUUACCGAAAAUGCACAUGAUAAAUUACAAAGAAAAUUGGCUGAAUUAAACGAUGAAUAUUGUAGUUUAAUGACGAAUGUAAAUCUCAACGAAGAUCAAUCUUCGGUGUUUAAUGAAAUUAAAAAUAAAAUUGAGGAUUUACGUACGGAUCAUCAAAUCUUUCAAACUGAAGUGGUGAAUCACGAUACACAUAGUGCUAUCAAUAAUGCACCAGCUGAUGUCAUGUCGGACGAAAAUGACGCAAAUGAACAGCAUAAUGAGAUUCAAGAAAAGCACGUGCAACAACAGUUAGAAUACAGCAAACAAUUACAAAUUUUAGCUUGCGAAUUAGCUAUUAAAGAACGUUUAGCAUCUGAAAUUGAAACAAAUACACGUAAAGCGCAAUUAAUUGAUAUAAAUACCUUACAAGAAAACGAACAGAGGAUUGCUGCACUGGAAAAGGAAAAAGAUGAAUUAUUACAACAAUUAAAACAAACCCAUACGAAGGAAGUUAAAUCAAAAUUAGCUGAACAGCGACGACAACGUGUUCAAGAGCUUGAAUCACAAUUAACUGAAUUAAACAAGAAAGUACGAGAAUUAUCGCGCGUGAUAAAGCUUCGUGAGAAAGAUGAACAAAAGAUUAAACAAUUAAAUAACGAAAUAAUGAAUAUGAAACAAGCGAAAGUAAAAUUAGUGAAAACGAUGCGAUCUGAAUCAGAUAAAUUUAGACAAUGGAAGAUUCAACGGGAACGUGAAAUGUGUAAAUUACGAGAACAGGAUCGUAAACGGCAAAAUGAAAUUAUUAAAAUGUCAAAUAAGCAUGCAAAACAACAAACAGUUUUAAAGCGUAAAGUUGAAGAAGCCGCUGCAAUAAAUAAACGAUUAAAAGAUGCUUUAGCGUUACAAAAAUGUGCACAAAAUCGUCGUAUUGCAAGUGGGAAAGUUGAACGAGUACAGAGCUGGGUGGUACAAGAAUUAGAAAUAUUAGUAAGUACCGCCGAAGCCGAGCGUACACUUCAUUGUUUGAUUGAAGAGCGCAAAUUGAUUUUAGAAGAGAAAAAUGAGCUUGAACAAAAUUUAAAAGAAAAUAAUUACGAAACCGAGGAGGUUAUUCAAGAAAAACGGAAUCGGUUGAAAGAAAUUUUAGAAGAUAUCGAAUUACGCGAUGCACAAAUUGCUGACAUGCAACAAAAAAUUAAAGAUUCGGACCAGGAAAAUAAAUCAAAUACACGAUGGGAUAUGGUACAAUCCAUGGUCGAUGCUAAAUGUGCCCUUAAAUUAUUGUUCGAAUUAGCGGCUGAAGCUAAAAAGGAACUUCUCUUUAAAGAAUGCGAACAACGGGAUAAAAUUAAUGAAUUACUCGAUCAAAUUCAUAAGUUAACAUCUGAAUUAAAUGAGAAAUCAAUCGAAUUGGAGAAACUUCAGAUACGAACACCAGUUCCAUUGCCAAAAGUAUUGAUGUCACGUCGAAGUAAUCUUCAUGCAGCAAUCCUUAAAGAAGAAGAGUAUGAAGAUCCAUUUUUGGAUUACGAUUCCGAAGAAGAUGUUAAAUUAGACGAUAGUAAAGAUCCAGAUUGGCAAAAAACACCAGUUGUACAAAGGAUAACUAGUAAACGAUUAACAAUAAGAAAACCUCUUAAUUUAACAAAUGAUACAAGCGAUAACACAAUCGAUAAAACUGUAACGUUAAAACGCUCAUCAGAUGGAUCAAUAAAGUGUUAUUGUACAACCAGAUGUGAAACUAAACGUUGUUCGUGUCGAAAGUUCGGAUAUAAUUGUAGCCCGAAUUGUAAAUGUUCAUACACUUGUAUGAACAGAAGAAAAAGUAACAAUUCGACCUCAUUAGAAGUUUCAAAUUCUUCAGCUUCUAAUGAGAUUUCAUCUGCAGAAACUGAAAUAUCGCCUGCAGAUGGGAAUAAAGAAAAUGAAAGUUCAUUAAAUGGAACUGAUAAUAGUCUAGACGAUACUAAUAAAACUUUUGUGAAAAAACCUAAAAAAUAUUUUACUUAAUAAUUUUUAUAGUAUCAAGAACAUUUUGCAUUAGCAUAUAAAGUGUCCCAUAAACUUUUUUUGACACUCGCGGAUUCAGGUUGGAGAUGCGAUAGGUACAGUUGUAUCCAACGGUUAUCAAUUCAACUGAAAAACAAAGUUUGAUUGUAAUUCAGUCAAAUUAAACAUGAAAAGGACGUGAACGCUACAUCAAAUCAGAUAUUUUUGUUUUUUGAUAUGUUGUUUCAAUUUGUAAUAUAAAGGAAAUGUUAAAUCCAAGUUUUCGACUUCGGCAGACGAUCGGAUCACUCUCAAAAAUAAAUAAAAAAUAUUAAGUUCUGAUCUUAUUUCAGUUUUUGUCGAUUUUAACCCGGAAGGACUGGUUUUUCAUCAAAGCUGUAUUGGAGAUACAGCUUUUCUUCGAUCAAUUUUUCAAGUUACACGAUUACUCAUCCACAGGUGACAUGUCAAGCAAGAUGAAGUAAAUGAAGAAUUGUCGGUGACCGUCUGUAUAUUCUUGAAAAUGCCCCUAACUUCUCAAAAGACGACAUCUUGGACGAAUCAGGUUCAUCAAAGAGGGCAAAGUUUGAUUAAAAUAAAUACACUCUCAAAACUGAUGUCAUAUUUUCACAAUAUUUCUUUUUUAAUUCAAUUUAGCCAAAUUUCAUCAUUUUCAGUAUCAUUCAAAUUUCUGAAGACCUAGUAUUUUCUUGGAAACCAUUUCCUAUCGUCCUAUUGUAGUUGGCUCUUUCUUGUUUGAAGAGGUCACUUUGGAAUCCCCUAAUACACCAAGAGAACCAAUUAAAAGGAAGAGGAAAACUAGUAUUUCCAAGGAAAUGCUAGGUCUUUAGAAACUUGAAUGAUACUGCAAAUGAUGAAAUAUUGCUAAAUUGAAUUAAAAAAUAAAUAUAUGUGAAAAUAUGACAUCAGUUUUGAGAAUGUAUUUAUUUUACUCAAACUUUGCAUUCUUUGAUGAACCUGAUUGGUCCAAGACAAUUCUUCGUUUACUUCAUCUUCCUCUGACAUUUUAUAUGUGGAUGAGUAAUCUUGUAACUGGAAAUUUGGCCAAAUUUUGAAAAACUGUAUCUUAGCAUACUUUAAAAAUAAAUCCACAAUCUAUUAUGUAAAACCAGUCUUUCCUGGUUAAAAUCGAAAAAGACUGAAAUAAGGUCCAAGUUUUGCUAUUUUUGAAAAUGACCCGAUCGUCUAUCGAAGUCGAAAACUUGGUUUUAACAUUGCCUUUAAGUUACAAACAACAU